UUCUAUAUGUAUGACAUAGCACCUUUAUGUAGUGAUUAUAAUUUUACGUAGUAGAAAUAGCGAAUUUACUGUAGCAAUUGUAUCGCCAUGAAUCGAAUAGUGAUAUUUGGAGCUACGGGAAAUACAGGAUUAUGUGCUUUAAAUAGUGCUGUAAAUAAGGGAUUAAAUGUAAAGGUAUUUGUGAGAGAUGAAAACAAAGUUCCAAUGAAUUUAAAAGAUAAAAUUGAAAUAAUUAUUGGAGAUGUUACUAACAAAGAACAAGUUUCAAAUGCAAUAUCUAAUACAGAUGCAGUGGUUGUUGUGCUUGGUACACGAAAUGAUUUAAGUCCAACUACAAUAUUGUCUACUGGUAUGAAAAAUAUAAUAGAUGCUAUGAAAAUGCACAAUGUAGAAGUAAUAUCUGUUUGUUUAUCUGCAUUUUUAUUUUACAAACCUGAAGCAGUGCCUAAUAUAUUUAAAGAUUUAAAUGCAGAUCACCAACGUAUGUUUGAUCUUCUUAAAAAAAGUCAAUUAAAAUGGAUUGCAAUAUUACCACCUCAUAUUGCAGAUGUACCAAAUUCAAAAUAUAUAGUGAAGCAUGAUGAAUCUCCAGGUCGAGCUAUUUCCAAACAUGAUUUAGGUGCUUUUCUUAUUGAAAGUCUUCAACAAACAGAACAUUAUCAAAAAGUAUGUGGUAUUGCUAACACUGCAUAACAAAAAAUACAUUUGUAAUAUAUAAAAAAUUUAAAAAUAUUUUAUAAAAUUUUGUUUAUUUUUAAAGAUAUAAAAAAAUAAAUAAUAAAUUUAGAAAUUUAUUAUUUUUAAUUUGUACAAAAGAAAUUGUUAAUUUUUUAAAGAAUAUCUGUGACUUUAAACAUCUAUUGGAAUGAUUGUAAAUUAUGAUUUGUAAUAUAUGAAUGAGAUGUAUGCAUGAAAAACUAAAUUUCUACAUUUAAAAACAAUUAAAAAAAUAAUU